CUCGUCUGCUCCAGCCUUAGUACUAUCUUGCCGCCAAAUAUCUCCAUCGGAGCCACCUGCAAAUAAACCGCGUGACACCUGUCUGCUUGAAUCCUCUCAGAACUCAUAGUAGUUCAUCAUGGAAGUUACAUAUCUGCCACAAAUCGCCACCUUGAAUGAUCUGGUUGAGGAACUGCACAAGGUGUUUGAGAGUGACAGCGUAAACGUUGAAUAUGUUCAUAGUGUUAUGGCCAGCUACAAAUCCAACCCAAUUGAGUGGAAGAACUUUGCAAAAUUUGAUCGUUAUCGGUACACAAGAAACUUGAUUAAUGAGGGCAACGGAAAGUUUAACUUGAUGUUACUGUGCUGGGGUCCUUCCCAUACCUCCACCAUCCACGACCACGCUGAUGCUCACUGCUUCAUGAAGAUGCUGUCCGGGUCACUACAAGAGGUGAGAUUUGAAUGGCCCAAGACAGAAGAGGGAGAAGAGGAACACGAGAUGGUGGAGAUGGAUAGAAAUGUCCUUAAGCUGAAUGACGUGUGUUACAUCAAUGACUCCCUGGGCCUGCACCGUGUAGAGAACGCAUCCCACAGCGAGGGCGCCGUCUCGCUCCACCUCUACUGCCCCCCCUUCAGCAGCUGUUCGGUGUUUGACGAGCGCUCUGGCAAGAAGAUGAAGUGUCCAGUCACCUUCUGGAGCAAAUUUGGAAAGAAAAUGGAAGUGAAAAAGGCUAAAUGUGACUGUUAAAAUGGUAGAAGACGUCAUCAACCCCUAAAUUGCUGAUUCUGUUCAGUUUUGAGGAUAUGUUGAAAUUUUUUUGUCUUUAUAGAAAAAAAAAACCUUGUUCCAUUAAUUCCUGUAAUCCAAAAGUACAGGAUUUACAUGUUGUUAAUCGAUAGAGGUUUUGAGAGCUCUUGUAUAUAUAUAUAAUUUUAGUUUUUAAUCAGCUAAUGAGGAAAUAAUCUUUAGAUAAUAGUAUGAUUGAGGUUUUCACUUUCUUUAAAACGUAUAGAAUUUACCUGGAUCAGCUACAUGACAGGUAAUAAUUAUUUCCCUUAUUUUAUCCUGUUAUUAGGUUAUACUCAAACUUAUUAAUAAACAAAAAAAGAUCCAAUUAAUCCACUGUAACGAUACCACACUGAAAUACUGUAAUCACCUAAAGGAUCCUGUACUGUAUAUUCUGAAAUUUAGCUCUAUGGUGAUGUACGUACUUUGUAAUCCACUGUAGUGAUGUUGCAUUGUAAAACCUAGCUUAUUAUUAUGCUGUAAAUUUCAGCUUAACAAUAAUGGACUUUUAAAUCCAUCUUAAUUAUACUACACUGAAAUUCAGCUUGAUUCUGUAACCAUAGAUCCAGCUUGAUAAUACUGUACCAAUAGAUCCAGCUUGAUAAUACUGUACCAAUAAAUCCAGCUUGAUGAUACUAUACCAAUAGAUCCAGCUUGAUGAUACUAUACCAAUAGAUCCAGCUUGAUGAUACUCUGCCAAUAGACAAAGCUUGCAAGUACUGAGAAAGGGUAAGGUUUCAUCGGCACAUGUUCAUCCUUAAAUGGUGAAAGAGUUAAUGACUUACAAUGUGACUCCCAACCUCCUUUGAGACAUGGGUUCUGUUCCAUGGCCAGGCAGGGUUAAUGGGGCUGCUAUUAUGCUGGGGUAUGUGCCUGAAGUGAUGUAGUAUGUCCUCUCUACCCCUGGUCAGCGCACGAGCUCGAUUUUUUUUAUCUAAUACAUUAACUAUUGUUGUUGAAUUAUUUGUAGAUUUUAAAUAGUCUUAAUUUGUUACACUUAAAUACAUUCUGUUGAUGUACUUGUAAUGGUAAAAUUUAACUAAGAAUUUUGAUUAUGGAUUUUCAUUUCAGUUAACAGCAGCAUAAGUCUGUACUUUCAUUGUUAUUAAAAUUCCUACUUUAUGAAGACAUUUUUUGGAGGUGUUAACUUGUAUUGUGAGCCGUCGAUGACUUGUAUUGUGAGCCAUCGAUGGUGCUCACUAUUUUUUAACCUUCAUACAUUUACCUAAGGUUAAUGUAGCUUAGUAUGAGGAAGAUUUAUUACUAGUGCAUUAUAUUAUACAUUUAUAAUUUUAAGGAAUAAUAAAUUUUUUUAUUAAAAGAUUAUAUUGUAUACUCGUACGAUACACUAAAGUAGUUCGUGAAUUUUUAUCAUUGCAGAAUAAUAAUAUAACUUUGCUACUUUUAUAUUGAAAUUAAAAUACUAAAAUUAUUUAAAAUUAAUGCUCAAUAUAUCAUUACCACCUGUACAUUUCUAUCAAUUAAGAAUAAUUAUGUACGGUAUACCUUAAGAACCAUUAAUUAGUGGUAGAAUUAAUUAUCCCCAAAAAAAACAAGAUUGGAGUUUUUCAUCCUUAUUCCUUUCUCUAUUAGUGUAGAUUUUGUAACUAGUAAAACCCAAUGGCAUAUGAGAUAGUAUCCUCCGUGUAGAUGUGUUUUUAUGUAGUACUGUAGAAUUCCCAUCAUUCCUGCAGGAGGGUUCUUGGGUCUUGUGAGGAGAGGCAAGUGGUCAAGGAUAUGUAGUGUCUUCAGGGUCACCUCUUUGCUUGGACGUUUGACUCAUUGAGCGGUGAUGAGCAUAUGGGAGUAAAUCUUAGGUUUUAUUUGCCAUUAAUCAAGCUAAAAAGGAACAUUAGAACAUCCUCUAAGAAUAUGAGGGUGUUACUGCUUGCAUGUGUCUGUAAAGGUUGAAUGGAUAUAGAAUGUGUGAAGUUGUUUGAAGAUCAGAACGUGCAAUAAUGUGUAAAGAUUAUCUUUUGUUAUUAGCAAACCUUGAUACUAGUGGUAUGUUUCUGGCUCUUGGAAGUUUAUGAUGAAACCCUUUAAAAAAAAACACCUGGCAGUUGAUGGGAUGAUUCUAAACUCAGAGGUCAUCACUUAACACUGAUCUUUUGCUCAUAAGUACAAUGUAUGGUAUACUGUAGUGUUCUCAUCUCACUUAUUUUUAUUAUUUGAGUUUUUGCUGUGUAAAUGUAUUUGUGUUUAUAUAUUUGUCUUAAAUAAGUUAUAGCUUAAAAAAUAUAAUAAAACCUUAAUAAUAAUGAUGACAAAAAAUCAUAAACUAUAAUUUGUAAGGAUUGAUGAGCAGAGUUUGUUUAAUAUUAAUCAUAAGUAAGUGCAGAGAGAAAUGUUACAGGGUGGCAGGGGUGAGAUUACCGGUACGGUACAGUACAGUACAGUACAGGACUGUAUUCCAUUGGAUUUUGUAACCUCAGAUUUUUCCUCUUGCCAAUCAAAUGUAUAAAGUUUCAUAGCAUUAUUGGCUAUUGUGCAUUAUUAAUAUACAGUAACACCUCUUGAGCAGCCUUGGUUAUGAGUUGAUGAAGAUAAUUUAUUUCCUGAAACAAACUUUAAAGUGAAAACUCUGUACCUGUACUUAUAACUUAUUGGUUGAGAAUGAUAUUAGCAUUAGCAGAUAUAAGUAUGUUAUUUAUUCAUUAGACAUGAUGAAUGGUCUCUGUAAGUGUCUUUUGAAUAAUAGUUUGUAAAUUAUAUUUUGCCACGUAGUAACAUCAGCUUUAUGUUGUUUUCCUCGGAGGUGGCGUAUUGAUGGACAAGAAAGGCUUAGUUACUAUGAAUAUUUUAGAGUGGCUGAAUGAGAGGCUUUGUACCCAUCAUGGUGAGUAACCCUGUCAACUCUACCUGUUUCUCAGAAUGUAAACUCGGCCAUUAUACUGUACUAUUGAGGUGAUUUGAGAGGCCAAACUAACAGAAAGGAGAAGUGACCAGAAAUUGCCAAACAAUGAAUGCUUUGAUUUAAAAAUUAACUGGAGCAUAAAACAACUGGUUACUUUAUAUUGACAAUAUCUAACAACUUGUCUAAUUACUGUAACUGUAAUAUAAACUUUGUAAUGUAUAAACUUAUUAAAUGCCUUUAAUAUUCAGUAUGCAGAUUUCUUUGACAAAUUCUUGUGAAUUUACCAUUAGGCCUUUAUAUCUUGAUGGUGGGAAGAUAAGCACUUAUUAUAUCUGUGUUAUAUAACUUCACUCCCACUUGUGUGUGUGUAGUAAGUCAAGGGAGAGAGAAACAUGAAGAAAAGGUGUAGAUGAUGAAAGAGGCUUAUAAUGCAAGACAAGGAUAGGAAAUGGCUGACAUAACACACAAGCUUCCUAAUACCCUGAACUUUCACAAAGAGUGGAAAAGGGAAUACUGUACUAAACUGUAUUAACUAUUAAAUCAUACAGUAAAUACAUAAUGGAUGCUGUAAUAUUAGAUAUCAUUAAUGUUUCCUUGUGAUAAUUUUGUGUCUUCAAACCACAUAAAAAAAAAAUAUAUAUAUAUAGUAACUAAAUAUUCCUUACUGAAUGCACUAAUAUAUAUUCUCAAUGAUAAUCUUCCCCCAAAGGCUUUAAAGCUUCCUCCACCUCACUCGUUUGUGCUAUACGUCAAAAUGUUACUACUGUACUGCUUUGUGUGAUAACCAAUACCAACUCGUGUGAUGAAGAGUUAUGUAUUCUCGUGUAAGGUGCCUCAGUACUGGCUAAUAUUAAUGGUAUAUAAACUAGUUAUGCCUUUCCCAGUGUAUUAAAACCAAGAAGAUAUCCUUAUAAGUUUGUGUGUGCCUUGUGUGGAAAUAUUAAACAUUUCUAUAAGGGAAUACCUGAAAAAUCUCCACCUUAGUUUAUUUCACCUGAAGAUUUAACACCCUAAAUGCUGUUUGUGGGGAUUAGGUUAGGUGAGUGUUAGGGUGAAUAAUCUUUAGGUGAAAUAAGCUGGGCUGGAGAUUCUUCAGGCAAUCCUCAAGAAGUAUUAAUUUUUGUUAAAUUUUUAGUUUUUGAAAUUAUUUUAAUACUGUAUCCUGUAAUGCACCAUCAGUAACAUAAGACAAUCUUUAAUCCCAUCCUAUUUAUAAAUUGAUCUUAAUAAGAGAUAAACUGAAGAUUAUC